GCCGCCACCAGGGGCUGAGGGGACGUCGGGGUCAGUACUUGGGGUGACGGCUGAGGCCUCUUCGCUUGGCCUGGGGACCAAGGGUCCUGCCAGAACAACUCACAGAGGAGCCUGCUCAGGUGUAGACGGGUGGUGACCUGCAUCUGUGGAGAGGCCUCAGAGAGAUGCACAUCUUGAAGCAUUGAAGGAUAAUCAAGCAAAAGAAAAAAUGAACACCAUCUGUGGCCUACAGUCUGCUAGUAGAAACUGUGUUUUCUUUCGGUUAACUCCACUGACUAACUGGAACAGCUCUCCCAGACCAUAUUGGUCUCUGACUUCAAAGAGUCUUCAUCAGGUACUAGUGAACCAUGUCAGGGACAGAUGCCAAGGACAAAGCCUGAGGAGGAGCCUUGGGCUCAAUCGUUUACCAGGGGGAAGUUCUCCCUUCUCUAGGACCUGUAAGGACAGCCAGGGACAGCAUUUAAGUGGCCAAAGCAGAGAAACUUGGAAGAGGAUGAGCCACUGCUCUGAGUGGCCCCACUUCUCUUCAAGGCAGGGAUUGAUGGAGGGAGGUGCUGUCCUCUCUCUCUCACGAUUCAUCUCCAGGAAGGGGUUUCCUGUGAAAGGGAUGAAAGAUGUCAGCAGUUUCCACACGUCAUCAAGGCUUCGCGCUGCGCCUGUUCCUCUUCUCUGGGUCAUUCUUAAGCCUGUACAGAAACUUCUCGCCAUCAUCGUUGGCAGGGGCAUAAGAAAAUGGUGGCAGACCCUUCCUCCCAACAAGAAAGAGCUAUUUAAAGAAAGUAUGAAGAAGAAUAAAUGGAGAUUAUUCCUGGGCUUGAGUAGUUUGGGAGUGUUAUUUGUUAUCUUUUAUUUUUCUCAUCUGGAGGAGAGUCCAGUCACAGGACGGAAAAAGUUACUGGUGUUGGGGAAGGAGCAAUUCACAAUGAUAUCGCAAAUGGAAUACGAUUCAUGGAUGGAAGAAUUCAAAAAUGACCUGCUGACUGAGAAAGAUCCCAGGUACCUGGCUGUGAAAGAGGUUUUGCAGCAUCUGGUGGACAGCAACAGAGACAUCCCGGGCAUCUCAGAGUUCAAGUGGAUUAUUCACGUGGUGGACAGGCCCAGUGUCAAUGCCUUUGUUCUUCCCUAUGGGCAGGUGUUUGUUUUCACUGGGCUCCUCGAGGCGGUCACUGAUGUUCACCAGUUGACUUUCCUUUUGGGCCAUGAGAUCGCUCACGCGGUGCUGGGACAUGCUGCAGAGAAGGCCAGUCUGGUUCACUUGUGGGAUUUUCUAGGUCUGAUUUUCCUCGUGAUGAUUUGGGCCGUCUGUCCUCGAGAUAGUUUGGCAGUUUUGGGACAGUGGAUCCAGUCUAAGCUGAAAGAGUAUGUGUUUGACAGACCCUACAGCCGCACCCUGGAGGUGGAAGCUGACAAAGUGGGACUGCAGUUUGCAGCCAAGGCUUGUGUGGAUGUGAGAGCAAGUUCAGUGUUUUGGCAACAGCUGGAGUUUGCCGAUAGGAUUCUGGGUGAGCCUAAGUUACCUGAAUGGCUGUCAACGCAUCCCUCUCAUGAGAACCGAGCUGAGCAGUUGGAACGACUUAUACCUCAGGCCAUUAAAAUUAGAGAGAGCUGUAACUGCCCGCCACUUUCUGGACCAGAUCCUCGGGUGCUUUUCAGGCUUAGGGUGAAGCAUGUCCUGGAAGUGACGGAGGAAGAAGACCAGAAUAUCACUGGAGCCUUAGUUAAAAAGCAUAAAUUUGAUUCUCUUCCAAUUCAGAAAAAAGAGACAAUCCCACUAACAUUUGUGCUUGAUAAAAGAACUGGAAGUUGAUUUAAAUUUUACAUGAGAGCCUAUAUAGCAAUAUUUAUCGUUUUCACAUAUCGCUAUUUUAAAAAAGAUCAGUUUAAAAUGAACAAAAAAAAGACUAUACCAGUUUGAAUCAUGCGGACUCCUGACGCUAGUAAAAAUCCUUUAAUAGCUAUUGAAACUUUUGCUCAUGAAUCUUAAAAGUAUUUAUUCUAUUUUUAAUACUUUCAAUAAAGAAAGCACAUUUCAAGGUG